AUGCAACACAACGUAUCCACAUAUUCAUACUUUGAUACACCAUGGGAUAUGUUUGUAGAAUGUGAGUAUGUGAAACAAGGGAUUCUAAUAUCAAAUCAAAUACUGUGCAGUUUAUCGAAUCUUAAUGGUAUUCUCUGCGCUUAUUGCUUGCCCUUCAUUGUUCUAUUCAACUUGAUAAGUAACCUUAUUAACACUGUCAUCUUUUCUUAUGGUUAUCAGCGUAAAACUCGUCAACUUAUCUAUCUUGAAGUUAUUGCCUUGCUAAAUCUUUUCACUUGUCUUCUUGAAGCCACACUAAGACUUAUACCUGCUAAAGACCUUCCAUUUGCUUCGAAUGGAAGGAUAUUCUUUUCAAUAAAUAAUACUUCAAGUCUUGGAUGCAAAUUAUAUCGUAGUGCUUUGUCAAUGAUGAACACACUCAAAUGGAAUGUGUUGAUGACAGCAAUGCUAGAUAGACUGUUAGCAAUCCAGUUUCUUUUGAAAUGUGGUAAACUACCAGCACGUUAUGCAUGGUAUUUUGUAAUGAGCACAUUGAUAACAGCUAUCUCAAUGGUGAUACCAUUUAUUAUGCAAUCUGAUUGGACUUAUUUUUAUGGUAAAAUUGUCUGCUAUGAACGUCCUAUCUCGAUAUUUUUAUCAUUCUAUUAUGGACUGGUUUUAGGUGUAUGCUUUAUUCAAACUUCCAUUAAUGGAUUACUCAAUGUGGUAUUAUUAAUAAAAAUGUAUCUCUGGUUACGCAACAGACGUCGGAUGACAGUGGUACAAGCUUAUGAAAGCAAUGAAUUAGGAGCAUGUAUUCUACUCUUAAUUAUUUCAAGCACUACAUUUCUAUUAUCCAUCCCUGGUGCUAUGGUCAUGUUUGUUGGGAUAUCAGAUCCAUUUACUAAUGAUCCAAUUGGAGCAUUUACUAGAUUACGUGUUGUGUUAAAUCUAAGAGAUACAUUCUUGAGUAUUAUCUACAUACAAUCAAUAUUUAAUACUAUAAUAUAUGCUUGUAGAAUGAAACAAUUCCGUUUGUUAUUCAUGUGUAUUGUUCAGUGUAGAUCUUUUGAUACUGUCAUGAGAUCGUAUAACAAAUCAUCAUCUAUUCACUAG